AUGACCAAACUAGCAGCUGAAGAGGAGCUUUGUGAUGCUGAGCGCUUCAGUGAUGUUAUUGAAUUUGAUGUUCAGGAAGAUGUGAAAUACUGUGGGCAGCUGUGGGAGGGCAGUCCACCCAUGGCUGCUCCUAAUCCAGCUUACAGUGAGAGCCUCCAAGAAGUGAAGAACACCAUCCUCUCUAAAGCUUCAAAGUCUCCUGGGAUCACUCUCUCACAGCUCAGAACCAAAAUUCGGGACCUGUGGAACGCCCUCCUCAGUUUCAAGAACACACCUGAAGUUGUAUUGUACAGAAAACUGGAGGCCCUGGCGAGAAAGCAGACCUGGAUCCUGAUAAGAAGCAUGAAGACCACUGAAAACCAGCUUUUUAACACAACUGAGAAUGGAACGCUCUACGAGGCAGCACACGGAGGAGCCAGAGGAUUCAAUGAAUCAGAAGAAAUUCCUGGACAUAAAGAAGACCUUCAGCACAAAGACACUGCUGCAGCAACUGCAGAGAUUCAACAACAUUUAGAAAAACAAGAUAAUAUUCCAGUAAAUAUCGCCAUCACAGGAGAAUCUGGUUCUGGUAAAUCCAGCUUUGUUAAUUCCUUCAGAGGUGUGAGUGAUGAUGAGGAGGGAGCUGCUCCUACUGGUGUGAAACAAACCACCUCAGAGGUCACACUGUACCCCCAUCCCAACUAUUCCAAUGUUACUUUGUGGGAUCUUCCUGGAUUCGGCAGCACCAAGUUUCCAGCUAAGAAGUACCUGAAGCUUCUUGGAUUUGAGAAGUUUGACUUCUUCAUCAUCUCAGACACUCGCUUCACAGAAAAUGACGUGAAACUCGCUCAGGAGAUUCAGAGGAUGAAGAAAAAGUUCUGCUUUGUUCGAUCAAAGAUCGACAACGAUAUAAAUGCUGAGAGGAGAAAGAGAGACUUCAGUGCUGAGAGGACUCUUAAAGUAAUCAGAGACGACUGCGUUCACAGUCUACAAGACAUCGAGUCUCCACGGGUCUUCCUGGUCUCGAGUUUUAAGCAGCACUGGUGUGAUUUCUCUCUUUUACAAGAGACCUUAGAGACAAUGGCGUGUCCAGCGGGGUGA